AUGACUUUUGGAUACACGACCGAACCACCACAAGACGCCGAAAGUUGCUCGUUUUGCAAUAUUGCAGCAUGCUACACCCCUUUUGAUCCACGAAAGCCACCGCCAAGCACUGGUGUUGUUCUGAACCCGUCAAGGACGUCUCCAAAUGCAGAAACGUAUAUUGUGCUGUCAACACCUCUUGUGAUAGCUUUUCUGGAUAUUGCGCCUUUGGCCGAGGGUCAUCUAUUGCUUUGCCCUCGAAAGCACCGCGAGAAGCUGACCUCGCUUGAUGAUUCCGAAGCUAGAGAACUUGGUCGGUGGUUACGUAUCAUGUCGAAGGCACUUAUGCGUGCAGUUGGCGUUGAUGACUGGAAUGUAGUUCAAAACAACGGCGCUGCAGCGGCUCAAAUUGUUCCCCAUAUGCACUUCCAUAUCAUCCCGCGGCCAGAUAUUCGGCGCCAAGGACGAUGGAGCGAAAGAUUUACCAUGUUCGGCCGUGGCCAGAGAACAGACCUGGAUGAACAGGAAGGCAUGCGACUAGCAGAGAAAGUUCGUUCUAACCUUGCACGGGUCUUGUGCGAGGAAAAAGCUAGUGAUGGAAUCUCGCGGCUAUAG